AUGCCGCCACUGCCCGGCUUUUCAGACAAUGGCUUCUCCAGCCGCACCGACACUGUCGCAGCAUCCCAAGCACUCCUAAGACCUCUCAUUCCAUACUUUUCCCCAGGGAAAGCUCGUGUCAGGAUUCCAGUCACAUCCGGUGCUCACUUUGAUGACACUGCUGCUGAGCUAGAGGGAUACGCACGCCCGCUAUGGGUGGUGGCGACUCUUCUCGCGUCUCAGCAGCGCAACGCAGAAGAGUACGACACGACAUCUGACUCACUUGUCACCCACUGGAUAAAAGGGCUUGAGCAUGGCGUCGACCCGUCUCAUCAAGAAUAUUGGGGCGCCAUUGGCGAUUGGGAUCAGCGCAUGGUCGAAGCAGAAGUAAUUUCCUUUGCGCUCCUCUCUGCGCCAGACUAUUUCUAUAAGCCGUUGCCUGAAAUCGCAAAGUCGAACCUCAAGGCAUGGCUGGAUUGCCUGAAUAGAAAGGUUAUGCCAGAAAACAACUGGCGUUGGUUCCGUGUCUUUUCUAAUCUCGCCCUCAUCAAAGUAUGUGGCGCGGAUGAGGAUGAGUAUUUUUCACUCAUUGAUAAGGACUUGGAUACUCUCGAUAAGUUCUAUAUUGGUCAGGGUUGGUCCAGCGAUGGAGUCUGGCGCCCAGCGAGAGCCGACGCAGAAUCGGAGGGCAAAGGCGAGGACGCUGCUCGGGGGCGACACGCAGACUACUAUUCCGGCAGUUUUGCCAUCCAAUUCAGCCAAAUAAUGUACGCCAAGCUUGCUGCUGAUAUUGACAGUACAAGAUGCGAAAUCUUCAAGAAGAGAGCACACCAGUUUAUCCGGUCGUUCUGGGCGUAUUUUGAUAUUGACGGUGCGGCCAUUCCUUUCGGUCGCUCCCUGUGCUACAAGUUCGCAAUGGGGGCUUUUUACGCAGCGUUUUCUUAUGCAGGGCUAUGUGAUGAUUCCCAUCCUCUGACCUCGCAUGGCUCAGUAAAGGGCAUGCUGCUUCGCCACCUACGAUGGUGGGCAGCGCAUUCCCAAGACAGCUUCUGGCCCGACGGGACGCUGAAUAUUGGCUAUCUAUACCCAAACAUGUACAUGAGUGAGAAUUACAAUUCUCCACAGUCGCCGUACUGGGCCCUUAAAUCAUUGAUUGUCAUUGCUCUGGCGGAAGAUGAUCCAUUCUGGGCGGCGCAAGAGCUGCCACACCCUUUGGACGAGACGAGCACAGAACCGGGCGAAACAGGCAUACAGGUUGUCAAGCCAGCGCGCCAGAUUGUUUGCAAUCACACAAGCGGCAAUCAUCACUUUCUCCUCUCCUCGGGCCAAUUUUGCGUGUGGCCGAUGAAAGCGACUCAGGCCAAGUACGCCAAGUUUGCAUAUUCAUCUGCAUUCGGUUUCAGUGUGCCUACCGGCCCUUUACUUGCUCAUAUCGCCCCCGACAGCACUCUGGCGCUGUCUCGGGACGCAGGCGAGACAUGGACGACAAGGUGGAUAUCCAUUGGAGAAACAGAAUUCCCUGCUGUACAAGUGCAAGGGCACAAGACUGGUGUGACAGCCAUGGUCAGCCGGUGGAAGCCGUGGUCAUCGGCCAACAUUACCGUCGAGUCGACGAUAAUUCCCCCUUGCGACAAAUGGCCAGAUUGGCAUUUGCGAAUCCACCGCAUCCGGUCUGAGACUCCUUCAGAUAUACCCUUGACUGCGGUUGAAGGUGGAUUUGCUAUUUCCGCGCCCAGAAAGACCGAUGACCGCAUCAUUCAAACCACAAAGCUGCCAGGAGCCAAUCAUGUGCCUUUUGAGAAGCUAGGCGGAAACAGCAGGGCUAUUGAGACUGCAGAGGCCGCGCUUAUCGUGUCCGAGGCUGGGGCUAGUGGAAUCACUAACUUGAGGCCCGCGGACAAGGGCGCUAUAUCCCGCGGCGAUGUUAUGCGUCCAGACCCAAAUACGAACAUUAUGACGACCAAGACAAUGAUACCCAAUAUUCGGCAUGAGGAACGGUCGCUUGGCUCGACGGGAUUCACUAUCGCGUCCGCCAUCUUUGCGAUCGCCGGGAAGCAGGAUAAUAUGAAUGAAGUCGAAGCGAAGUGGCGUAGACGGCCGAUGCUUUCAUUUACGAAAGAAGGGACAAUGGUCAUCUCAUAG